AUGCUCUUCCGGGAUGUCGAACUACUAUGCGAGGCCAUCAAGGGAGGCGAUGGCCGACUGGAGAACUACAAGAAUCUUGUGACCCUAGACAUUGAACUUGCACCGGUGGUCAAGCGUCCGCCGUUCCAACUAAAAAGCCCAACGGCUUACUUCUCUUCUACCAAGACCCAGGAAGAACUACUGGCACCUUUUCGCAAAAGCUUCCGCGACAUGCCUCGAGUCACUAUUGGUGGUACCGUCGAUGAAUCCCUUGCUCAGUCAGCCAGACAAGAUUUCGCACGGAGCAAAUUUGAAGAUGUUGACAGCAUCAUCGCCUUAUGGACCGCGAAAAAGGAUGAGGGUACUCAGCUAUUCAAGCGAGGCGACGAUGGCUGUCUGAAACCAUGGUCAAAAGUCAGAGAUGAGAUCAAUGAAGCCUUCAAGUCAGAGGCAUGGGCACGCCUAGUUAAACAAGGAGGCCCCUCAUUCGUGGCGAGAGUCGCGGAGCUCUUCUACACCACAAACCUCAACAUCGUAGCCAUCGGACUGAAGUGGCUGGAAGAAGGAGAUCGCGACGUCUUGCCCGGCGUCCGUAACGCCUACGGUCACUUGAAGAGUAGCACCAAUGAAGGCUAUUGGGGCAUCGCGCACUCGUGGAAACCCUCCCCGGCGCAGGAGACGAAGAGCUUGUUUCGAUAUGCGAAAAUCUUAAGACUCUCAGGAGAGUCAGAGCUGGUUCCAUUUGCGUCCGCGACUAUCGACAUGCUAGCUUAUCAUAAUCCUGAUGACGCUACAAUUCUUGAGGAGAAGCGUAAGAUCAAGGCUUGGAAGCGCAGCGUGGGGCCUAUUGACGACAGCGCGUUCAACGCUAUGAUGAGCGGUCUGAACACGUAA